UCGUGUGUGGAACGCUUUUAAUGGCGCAGCUCAAGUUGUUAGGACCCAUUGUUAAAAUAUUGGUCAAGCGCUCUGGAAUCGGAGCACCCAGUGUUUGGCAUGCAGUGAUCGUGACCUUCUUGCACUACUUUGCCUGGGGCCUUCUCACCGUUCCCUUCAUGGAAAAACUUUCGAAAUCCUUUGGAAAUGGCGUGCUCCUUGUAGACGGUUUGGUUUACGGAGUCCGAGGAAUAGUUGCCUUUGUGAGCACGCCUGUCAUGGGCGCCAUAUCCGAUUUCCGUGGUCGCAAAGUGGUGAUGCUCUUAGCGGUAGUGACUACUUACUCCCCGAUUCCUUUCAUGAUGUCAAACAGCUGGUGGUUCUUCGCCUUACUCUCCGUGAGUUCCAUCUUUGGCAGCACUUACUCCGCAUCUUUGGCCUAUGUGGCAGAUGUCACCAGUCUGGAGGACCGAUCGAAGGGAUAUGGCAUCGUGGCAUCCAGUUUUGGUGCCGGCAUAGCAUUCUCCCCACUGUUGGGUAACUUUCUGAUGCAUUCCUUUGGACCCGCACCAGUUAUUCUGAUUGCAUCCAUUACUGGCUUGCUUAAUAUUUUGUUUAUUAUUUUUGGAGUGCCAGAGAGUUUGGUUUUCAAAGAAAUGAGCCUUGUGUUAGAGGAGACUUACGAUAACCAAAUGCUUAUUAGGGAAAAUUGGUGCCAGAGAAUGGAAGAUCGGGAGGAGGAGGACUUAAACAUAGAGCAAAGAACAAUCAUUAAUUUCAAAGAAACGGAAACCAUGUUGAAAGAAAAAGGAAAUUAUCAUAUCGUAAACCCAAAAGUAAAGGAGAGAUUAGAUAACGGUAUAUCUAAAAACAAACUGGAGAAACCCAUCCUUGAUCUGCAGGAUAUUUCUGAAGAAGAGCCGACCCUUAAAAAAGUUAACACUAAACAUAUCCAAAACUUAAACAAUAACGGGACAACCUUAUGGUAUAAGAAUGAACUUAUACCAGAGGUGGCUGAAAAGGAAACUAAACUCACAAAAAAAGGGGAAAACGAUAACGGUAACAGCAGAUCUCAUCUCUGGGCAGUAUUACGCGAAAGUCGAAAAGAUAAAAACAUGUUAGUGGUAUUUCUCAUAUCAUUCCUAACAUGUUGGCCCUUCGCGGGCGUCGAUUCCACUGCUCCGCUCUACCUUAAAACCAAUAUGGGAUUCGAGUACGAAGAGGUGUCCUUGAUGCUGGGACUGCUAUCUGUGCUAGGCAUCACCUCGAACCUCCUGUUGGGGUAUCUUGUGAGCCUAGUGGGUCCCAAGUGGUCGAUCCAAUUCGGCUUAAUUUGCCUGCUGUCGCAGCUGCUGUUGCUCGGAUAUGGAACCCAACAUUGGAUGUUCUGGCUAGCCAGCAUAAUGGCUGCCUUGGCCACCAUUAUCCCAGCUGCUAACAAUUCACUGGCUUCGAUUUACGCCAGUCCUAAGAAUCAGGGUGCUGUACUUGGCAUUAUCUCUGGGAUAGAGUGUUUAAGCGAGGGAUUGGGACCCGCCAUGUUUGGACUAAUAUUCUACUUUUUUCAGGAUGAUUUAAAGAUUGCUCAAAAAGUAAAGUCACCGAUUCCCCUGCCCUUUAUCGUAGGUGCCAUUAUGGUCUUUGUGGCAAUCAUCUUGACCAGUUUAAUACAAAAUGAGACUUGUGAAAAGAGACAAAAGCUCUACAAGGUGGCGAAAGAUGAAAAUGAACUGGAACCACUGACGAAAACAAUAAACAAAGUUGGAAAGGAAAAUGCUGGUUAUACGAAAUUAGUGUUUUAUGACUACGAUUCGGAAUGUAAUGGUUUAAAAUAAAAAUAAAAUGCUUAAAGAUA